AUGACGGGAUCACACACCAUCACACACGACCACGACUACUACGAGAUCCUCAACCUCCCUUACUCCCCUUCAACAGCCCUCUCCAAACAACAGCUCAAACUCGCCUACCACAAAGCCCUCCUCCAACACCACCCGGACAAAACCCCGAGCGCCGAACCCCCCACCCCCACCCAAGCAAAAGCAACACCCACCGUCACCAUCGACGCAAUCACAGCCGCGUACAAGACGCUCUCCGACCCCGCGCUGCGCGCCGAGUACGACCGCCUGCGCCGGCUAGACCGGGCCAGCGCGGUCGGGCGCGGGCCCGCAGGCGAGAACGCGGCGGCGGCGGCGGCGGCGGCGGCGGCUUUCCACACAGGACUGGAGGUGGUUGAUCUGGAGGAUUUGGAGUGUGAGGAGCGCGAGGACGGAGCGCGCUGGUUCCGCGGGUGUCGGUGUGGUGACGAGAGGGGGUUUCUGGUCACCGAGGCGGAUCUGGAGAAGGAGGUUGAGCAGGGCGAGGUGGUGAUUGGGUGUCGGGGGUGUAGUCUUUGGAUGAAGAUUUUGUUUGCCGUGGAAGGGGGGCAGGGAUGA